AUGCGACCUCAGAACGGAGCACCCGAUGGGGUUGGACGUAUUGUGCCAGUCUGGAAGCGACAGUCAAAGUCUGCGAACUGGAUCUUCGGGCUCAAUGGACAGAAAGAACUUAAGGUGGGCCUUGAACGGGGUCCUGAAUGGGGCUUUGAAUGGGGCCCUGGUGACCAGUUUGUCUUGGCCCGGGACUAA